AUGAUCUUGGAAAGGUUUAAUCGAACCCGAUACCUAACGUAUCAUAGAUUGUCGAUAACUUCUACUUUUACAACUGCUAGUAACAUUUCCGGAGAGGUUCAACCUUCUCUUCUUACAAAAUUGAGAAGCGAAGUUAAAAAUGCCAUGAGAAAAAAAGAUCAAUUAAAGUUAAAUGUUGUUCGGGGAAUACUUAGUGAUGUUACAUAUGCAAGCAAAUCAUCUUCACAGUCAACGGGUAUCAUUCCAACCGACCAAGAAAUAUAUGCAAUGAUUAAUCGUGCCAUAAAACGUCGACAAGAAUCAAUUACACAAUUUUCUCAGGCCGGAAGAAAAGAUUUAGUUGAAAAUGAACAAGGUGAAUUAAACAUAUUAGUCUCUUAUUUACCAGAACAAAUGUCUGAGAGAGAGAUUGAAAUUGAAGUUAAGAGAGUUGUAGAAAAGCUUGGUAUUACUGGAGAAGGAGGAUCAAAAGAUUUGGGCAAGAUUAUGAAAGAAAUUAAGAUUGAUAAUAGUAAGGCUUCAAAGAAACUCGUGGUAGAUGUUGUAAAGAAACUUUUAUCUGAAAAGAGUAAAAAUGAAUGA